GAGGUUUCUUUAUCCCACUUAAGCAAUUGUAUUGCUUUUAAGUUCGUUUUUAUAGUUAUAUAAUCUAAGAAAUGAAUAACUCAAUUGAUUUUUAAUUUAACUCUUUCAACGAGCAGCCAGGGGGUUAAAGUAGUGGUGCCGAUUACUCGCACACGUCUGGCAACCCUAGCAAUCAGCUGUCAGUUUGUUUACAAGUUGCCUCGUUAUUUUACAUAACAAACUUAAACAAUUUCACAAAUAAACAAUAAAUGGCGCUGUUCGAGAUGAAGUGGUUGCGUCGCUGGGUGCGGCGCAACACAAACCCUAUUCCGGAGCACCGGGCGGAACUGUGGAAGCGCCGCCUGAGUAUCGGAUACGCGAUUUUAGCCUGGCAGGCAUUCGGCCUCGUUUGCUACAUGGUUUACACCGGACGCAACGAUUGGGCCAAGUUCUAUGGCUACAAGACGGAGGAAGACCUGGCCCUGUCGCCGGCGCAGCAGUUCGCCAAGCACUUAAAGGUAGAGGGAACCGGCAAGAUCAUCAGAUUCUCGGGCUUCCACAAGGUCGAGGAGGUGCCGUUUGACGCCAGCGAGGUGGAGCGGGUCAAGGAGUAGAUAGAGUAGUUUAUUUUCUUAUCUUUUUUUUUAACAAACAAGCAACCAUUAAAGCUUGGAAGUAAAAAAGGUCUUUUGAGAUACUUCUGCUGUUUUUUUUUUGUGCAAAUAAAAAAUCAAAAAUUGGC